CCCUUGUCCUCGUUCUGUUUUAUAACCUGCAUCUUCAUUUAAUAAAAUCAGAUCUCGGGUCAGAUUUAACUGGGGCAAAUAAAAAGGUCGACAGACCGAUAUUUUUACCACUGAUCUCUCCCUGUGAUGCCACUCGUGGCCAGCCCAGCGGCGUGACCUGCUGUGGUGGGCUGCAAUACGCGGUGUGGGAUGGAAGGAUUGGUCGCCAAAGCACCAGAGUCACAUGCUCCCAUUCCUACUUCACUUUCUCUUGAAUGGAGCGACGUCAGAGCGACGCUGCGAGCCGCCGGAGCGCACAGACCCUGGCAUUUGUCCACGGACGCGCACUGAAGCUGCAGGAGGACGCGGCGGAGAUCAGUUAUAGCCGAGUGGCGUUUGAAUAAUAGCGAGCGCUUGAGCGUGGAUGUCAGCUCUGUUUGUCGGGGGCUGAUUGACCUUUGAAUGGACUUUAAGCCGCGAAGUUCCUACGGAAGCGACGGGACAUUUAUUUUGAAAUACAAAAAUCUGACUACUGACCGCGAGGCCUGCUGGGGAUUACUUAUGGGUUUGGGACCUACAGACGGUGAAGAUAUCAGAGCUCCAGUGUCAGUUUGAGCUGUAAGUUGCUACAACCAGCUCAGACGAUGCCCGAUCUAAUGUUUAAGGUCCGAGGGCAAAUCUGGGUCAGUCAGAAUUUGCCUUCAUUAUCUUUCAUCAUACUUGGAAACAAAAUGACGAAGGUCCGUGCCCAGCCUCGAGUCGAGAGCUGCACAGAGUCCAUUAAAACGUAGCAGGACUCUCCACCAUGACUUAAACGGGAGGCGGGCGCGCGUUCAGGGAUGGAUGCCGCGAACCUCACCACCGUCGCGGACGGCGGGUCCGCGGACGAGGCGCCGCCCGGCCGCGUCCUGACCGGCUGCUUCCUCGCGCUCCUCAUCCUCACCACGCUGCUGGGCAACACGCUGGUGUGCGCCGCCGUCACCAAGUUCCGGCACCUGCGCUCGAAGGUCACCAACUUCUUCGUGAUCUCGCUGGCCGUGUCGGACCUGCUGGUCGCCGUCCUGGUGAUGCCGUGGAAGGCGGCGACGGAGAUCGCGGGCUUCUGGCCGUUCGGCUCCUUCUGCGACACCUGGGUGGCGUUUGACAUCAUGUGCUCCACGGCGUCCAUUCUGAAUCUCUGCGUGAUAAGCUUGGACCGCUACUGGGCCAUCUCCAGCCCCUUCCGCUACGAGAGGAAAAUGACGCGCAGGGUGGCGUUCGUGAUGAUCAGCGCGGCCUGGACGCUGUCCGUCCUCAUUUCCUUCAUCCCCGUGCAGCUCAACUGGCACAAGGCCCGGGCCAAGCCCCACGGCGGAUCAUCGGGUAUUAACGCGACGCCGCACGGCCUUCCGGAGAACUGCGACUCCAGCCUAAACAGGACCUACGCCAUCUCCACGUCGCUCAUCAGCUUCUACAUCCCGGUGGCCAUCAUGGUGGCGACCUACACCCAGAUCUACCGCAUCGCCCACAGGCAGAUCCGCAGGAUCUCCGCGCUGGAGCGGGCGGCGGAGAGCGCCAAGAACCGGCACGACAGCAUGAGCGGGGGCUCCAGCAUCGCCGAGUCCGAGAGCUCCUUCAAAGUGACUUUCAAGCGGGAGACCAAGGUGCUGAAGACGCUGUCGGUGAUCAUGGGCGUGUUCGUGUGCUGCUGGCUGCCGUUCUUCGUGCUCAACUGCAUGGUGCCCUUCUGCGAGCAGCCCAGCGGGGGGGCGGCGCCGCCCUGCAUCAGCCCCACCACGUUCGACGUGUUCGUGUGGUUCGGUUGGGCUAAUUCCUCCCUCAACCCCAUCAUCUAUGCCUUCAACGCGGAUUUCCGCAGGGCCUUCUCCAUCCUGCUGGGCUGCCACAGACUGCAUCCAGGAGGCCACAACAUAGAGACGGUCAGUCUAAACAAGAAGUGACUCACGGCCCCUCUCACAGCACUGACUCAUGUGUCCCAGCGUUCCUGUUGAGGCCGGCUUGUUGUCUGUGCCGAGCGGUGCGGGGACACUGUGUGUGCCUGCGUUUGCACUGGGUGAGCUCUGCAAGCGUUCACUGUGUCUCAAAGGCGGACAGGGGGGUUUAAUGGGGGGGUUGAAUGGGAGCUGGGGGUGCAGCGGUGCUGACACGCCCCUGGGACAGAUAAUCCCAUGACUGGGCUUCACCCACUCUAAUGCUGUCGGACGCUGCUCUCCUCAAUACCGUCACACAACGUGCACACAAACAAGCGCCGUGUCACAACGCGCGGCUGCGAACGCGGCCGCGGCCGCCGACCGAUUCCCGGACCGAAUAGCGAGCUGAACAGUCCAUCGACGAGCGUUAAUAUUAAGGCUGGAGCGAAAACGUCGAGGCUAAUAAAAACGCGACCUGACUUUAUUUCGGGGGGGGGGGGUAAACAGAGCUGACGUGUGGAGCCUCUCAAACUGCAGGCUGUGCCUCGUUGCCGUUACAUGUACUUAAGUCUCGUUCAAAUGUCACAUCAUUAGAGCUUUAAACCCAACGUGCUCAGCGGGCGCCUCGUCAGGUCUUCGCUCCCUCGUUUAGAAGUGUCCGAUGUUCGUCUCCGUCGCGUUGUGUUUCAUUUUCACCACCUCGUUUUAAAGACCCGGACUGUGUCUGGUUCUGGAGAUGAAACGGAACCGAUGGCGUUACAUUUGCGAUGAUAUUCAAGAACUACGGCCUCGAACACGGAUGCUGCGAGCGGUGACAUCACCGCGGUGGAAGUGGACGGGACAGGAAGUGCAGUCAGAGGAGUCGUCAAGCAGGUCAGGCUUUAGCACAGAACAAACUGGAAGAUGUUCGAUGAUUAGUUGGAAUCAAAAAGUCCUGAGCCCUGGUAUGUGGCAGAAUAAACGCUGUUUGUUUGGAGCCCGUCCGCCUCGGCCCAGUAACAAGUUGAUGUUUCUGUGAUGUGGCCGUGUCGUACAAAGGCAGGAAACAGCGUUAUGCACGUCCUCGCAUCAGAGAGGGUUUUUUUUCCACAUUUAUAUUAUGGGAAAGAGCAAAAAUAGCCUUGUUUACUGAGGGCAGCGGGCCAGUGAUGAACUGGAAAUCACUGCAGAGAAAUAAUAACAGAUUUAAAGUUUGGUUCCCAUGUUUGGAUGUUAGAAUAAAGGGUUAAAGUUGAAUACUGUGAAAUCUGAAUGAGCGGUGUCUGUUUACAGUGACCGCUCACCCUUGUUCUGUCUAUUUGUCAAACUGCUUGGAAUUCUUCAGCUUCUAGCAUCGUUGCCUGACUUCUCGCAGCACCUAGUGACAACAGGAAACACACUCAGCCCAGCAUGAAAUCACACUUUGUUGAAUUGAGAGUUCUGGAGGCGCCCGUACAUGUUUAGGAUGAACACAGGUUAGCUGCUUCCUACUACCUCCGGUCCUUAUUUUAGGCGAGGACCUCCUGCAAGCUUCGUGUUUAACAAGCAGUGAGAUUCUAACCAUGACUGAAAGAUGUUGUGACCAAAUGCGUAAAACUAAGACCCAGGAAUGAUCCUAAAAAAGUGAUGUACUGCAUUAUGGGUUAUGCAUUUCCAUCAUAAACGUUUACCUCUA